AUGCGCCUCGCGGCGUCGGCGCGGGAGGACUCCACCACCGAGGGCUACGCGCGACAUUGGCGCGAGUUUGAGGGGUGGUGCGACGAGGAGGGCCUCGACCCGCUGCCCGCCACCCCGCAGAUGAUCUUCGCCUAUCCCUACCUCUCGGCCAUCAACUCGUACCACGCCGACUACGGCUUCGACAAGCCUGCCCUCGGCCACCUCGUGACCGCGGCGCGCCGGGGCAUGGCGCGGGGCCAGGCUCGCUGCGACACGCGAGACACGCGCAGGGCUCGCGAGGCGCAGCCGCUCGAACCCGCAAGCGGGCGUACGAACCGCGAGCGGCUCGCACUCGUGGCACGCAGGCGUCCGCCAGACGGCGCCGGGGCUAGGCGACCGAAGAGGAACUACGGCAAGAACCGCACACCACCCGCUGACGAGCGCUCGCGGAACUGGUCCGCGGCGCCCGCCAGGGGCGUGCGCGAGACAGGGCUCGGAGCCCUUUUCUGUGAGCAGGGAUUCCCUCCCGGCGGGGGUUGUGGCGGAGAGCCGGCAUGGGAACCGCCGGCCCCCACCCAGGGGGUGCCCCUGCCAGGCGCCGCAAGCGGUGCCCGACAGGGGCGGGUCCUCGGUGCGAUUCUCCACGGUGUCGUCGAGCGAAAGCGCGGUAGCCGCGGAGGUGAUGACGUCGACAUCGGUGGAAUCGGCUGGGUCAACGUCAAUGUCGAUAGCUCUUUCACGCCGGAUCCCCUUGUUGUCUCCGAUGGCCCGGGGCGCUAG